CCCGCCCUCCUGGACCAGUGACUUUCCGAGGCCGAAGCAAGCAGGUGGUCGCCGCCCCGCCAUGGCCCCGUGGACGCGCCUCCUGCCCCUGCUGGCCCUGCUGGCCCUCUGGGCGCCCGCCCCUGCCCCGGCCUUCGUCAACCAGCACCUAUGCGGCUCCCACCUGGUGGAGGCGCUGUACCUGGUGUGCGGGGAGCGGGGGUUCUUCUACACGCCCAAGGCCCGCCGCGAGGUGCCGGACCUGCAGGCAGCGGGGGAGAUGGAGCUGGGUGGGGGCCCCGGCACGGGCGGCCUGCCACCCGCGGCCCUGGAGCGCGCCCUGCAGAAGCGCGGCAUCGUGGACCAGUGCUGCACCAGCAUCUGCUCGCUCUACCAGCUGGAGAACUACUGCAACUAGCGGCCCCGUCCCGCGGCCCCGCCCCGCGGCCCCACAGCCCCAACACCCAAUAAACCCUCAACCAGC